AUGUCUUUUGGUAACAACAGAGUCCUCGGUUCUGGAGCCGCCUUGCAAGCCCCCACUCGAGAGCUUCGAAGCACCACUCAUCUAGAAGCUCAACCCAUGACUGCCCAGAAGAUCUUUAACGAAAUAGUCCGAAAGAUACCUAAGAUCCACGACUUCACCGAGAUUGUCUAUGAAGGUAUCGAGCCUGAGAAAGGCGCUUUGGUCUGCGACUCCCUUCUUGAGUCCAGCGUGGUCGAGUCGAGUUGUGCAAGAGUGAACUUCAACUCUCGCACGGGGACGCUGUGGGUACGCGUAAUGCCUACAGAAUUACACGACGUCCACCAUAGAUGGGUUUUCAAUGCCGCUCAGAACUGGACGCGUGGUAGUUUGAUGACCCCAGAUGAGAUGGAUCUUUUGGACUUCGGCGUGGGGACGAGGUUCAGCAGUUUUACUGGGACAUACCUCCAUUCUCAGAAGGAGCCCGACUUAUUCCUACGGCCAGAUUCAGAUAGAUGUCCUUCGGUCGUCAUAGAGAGCGGGUGGAGUGAAUCCUGGCCCCGAUUAUACGCAGAUAGAGAUCUUUGGAUGCUUGGAACAACCAACGUGAACGUGGUAAUGUUGUUGAAGUGGACAAAACUUGUUCGAAAUAGGGUGAAAGGGUCUCUUGAAAUGUGGAAACGAAGUCCGACGGGUGGGCUCGACCUAUCAAUCACGCCCAUCUUCCCAGCACCUGUUCCUAGUCCCGACCUCGGAGCCGAGGAGGUCCAGCUGACAAAGAAGGAUGUUUUUGGUUCUCAUAUGGAGGCUGGUCAAAAUCCAAAUGCAGUUCUUCCCUUGGAUAUGGCAAAAUUACGUCUUUUUGCCCAGCACCGAAUGGCUUUCAUGGGGUUAACACCAGCCUGAGUUCGAUACGUCGCG